AUGGGUGUGGUCGUACCUAAUCAACCCGCAGCUAGGGUCACUAAGCAUGGAGCCGUCGUGGAUUUUGGAGCGGAGGAUCACAACACAAAGCUGACACGGAUGCAGGUGGAGCACUACGGCAUGAAGAGGGAUCUUGCGAUCUGGAAAGCAGCAGUCACCGCCGUCGGAGCGGCGAUGGGUUACAGUGUCGAUCAGCUCCUUGCAGGAGCUGCACACGUCUUGCAGGCGCAAGGUUUUGAAGGGGGCGCGGCGACACCUGGGGGCAGCCGGUCCACUGCACCCUCCACCCCCAACCCCCGUGCAGCAGCGCGGCCUUGCACUACCGACAGCCCCGGUUCCAAAGGAGGAUCUGCUGAGAGCGUAGCACUGGACGGUGCAGGCAGUGGCACAGUCGAGCUAGGGGUGGUUCAUCCCAGCCCCUGCGCGCUACCCGUGCCUGCCGCUCCGAGUUGGUCGAUAAAUGGCACAGAGGGAAGUAUGCAUGUCACGCACCAGGCAGAGCCGGCGGUGGCUCAUGCAUGUGGAGCAAGGCCCGUGGUGCUGGCUAUGCCGGCAAAGAGGAAACGAGAAGACCCGCAUGCGUCGGGGGCGGAUGCUGAGGGCGGCGCUACUGCUUGCAAGAGCAAGGGUAAGGGACAGGGUUGUAGUUCACAGUACAAGGGUGUGCGCAGGGAGAAGCGCGGUAGGUGGAGCGCCAAGAUUCUGUUCCGAGAGAAGAAUAAGAAGAAGCGGACGCAGAUGAGGCUAGGUGCGUACAAUAAGGAGCUGGAGGCUGCCACGGCGUACGCAGCAGCGGUGCACGUGGUCAAAGAUGGUAAGCGCGUGUCAGGCACAGUGGAGCUGACGGAUGAGGAGAAGGGUAUGCUUGAGGGGUGCACGUUGGCAUCUGUCAAGCGGCUGGUUAGGAGCCGUCAGUGGUUCCGAUGGCAGGAGUGGGAGACGGCACUAGUGGACUGCACGGAGGAGGAGACAGCAGGGGACGAUGAUGAGCACUCCGACUCGCAAGACGAUGACGCGGGGGAUGCAGCCGGAUGUGCCGUGGAGGAAGGAGAUGAGGUGAUUGAGUUGGAUGGGGAAGGGUUGGGCGACGCAGAGGGAACGGCCGGGCGGGGCACACCCCCAGAACUCAAUGAGGACGCUGCUGCAGUGAUGGGUGGUGUGGCGGACGAGGGUAUUAAGACGGGGGUGGCUCUGGGAGAUGCAUUUGAGGGGGCGUUGUUCGACGAAGACCCAGAGGCGGUGAAGAUGGAUGCGGCCCAUGGUGCAUCGCAAGUCUCGCCGAAUGCGGCGGUCGCGUCUAGCGUCGGUGCGGGCGAUGAGGAUGUGGGUAGCGAUGGCGAAGGGGAGGCUGCGCCUGUUCGAUCCAAGGCUGUUGCCUCCGUUAUGGCCGAAGAGCCUAGCGCGGCAAAAGGGAAGGCUGCGGCGUCUCCGCUUAAACCGGUGGCUUACAACCCCUUUGAGGCAAUGCCCUGCGCAUUUGCGCAGCCGGCAAGUGGAUCUCGUCGGGAUGAGACGGUUGCCGAUGACGCCGUCGUGAUUAGCCGCGCCGACCUCGAGGCGCUCAAGACGGCGAGAGACGAGGGCGAGCGUCGGAUUGCGCGGCUGGAGGCGCUGCUGCUGGCCAUAAACGACAGGGAAAUGCAGAACAAGAGGCCGAAGGGCCAUGACAAGACGCUCGGAUUAUGCUGGGUCACACCACGAUUGACGUUGAAUUAUGCGGGGCUCGCACUGGCAGCCGACAAGGCGCGAUGCGCUGACCUGAACAAGGCACUCAGCCAGUGGAAGACAGAGGUGACGGGCCGCGUUCGAGACAUUGCGCUGCCGCGCAUUGGCCUAUGGCGCAACGAGCGAGACAGGAAAAGCCCGUGGGCACGCAAGAAGCGCAGAGAGGCGGCCGAAGUCCGGCUUCGGUAUCGCGUGCUGGACGACGUGAAUGAAGAUCUGACGUUGUCAACCUGGAGAGAGAGCAGGACUGGAAUGAUCUUUGCGUCGGGAGCGUUCAUGGCGUGUGUCGUGACCGCCUUCCAGCCCAAGAAGGUCACGGGAGCGGUGACCGUGAAACUGUACCAGAUGGCGUGGCUCGAGCAUGUGGUUACCGACACGGUUUUUAACUGGGACAAGCUCAAGGCCCGCCUAUCAAACUCUGCUGGUGGCAACGCGGAGGUGGUGAACGGCCUCCACCAGGUCGCCGAGGGGGCAAUGGCGCAGGCGAUCCAAGACUUCAAGCCCAAGUACGAUGCUGAUGCCCAGGCGUGGGUAUGGGGGGAGCACGGGCUGAUGAUGUCCUCGUGCGGGCUAGAGCACUUGAUUCCAGGCCGUUACGCGCAGAGGGCGCCAAUCGUGGAAGCCGGUGGUUCGGCGGAGCGGCUAUUGCGGCGGCUGUACGAGCGACUGCAGCACGGGAGAGGCGUGGCCAAGUCGCUGCUGCACAUGCACGAGCCGGCUGUUGUGGACUUCGAGCAGGCAGUGACCGCCAACCCCAGCAACGCGCGGCUGUGGAUGGAGGCAGUGAGCGCCAACCCUGGCAGUGCAAAGCUGUGGAAAGAGGUGACUGCCCCAGGCAACCCACAUCUUAUCACAAAAUGUGCUUCUCUGGCUUCUCCUCCCAUACAGGCAGUCAGCGCCAACCCUGGCAGUGCAGAGCUGAGGAUGGAGGCAGCGAGCGCCAAUCCCGACAGUGCAGAGCUGUGGAUGGAGGUGGGGGUGGAGCGUGAGGCGCUGGGACAGCACGAGAGGGCGCACGAGGCGUUCAGCUGUGCCCUGCUGCUGCAACCAGGGAAUGCGGAGGCGCUCAAACGGCGAGGGCUGAGCGCAUUCAACUUGAAUCGCUUCAAGGACUCUCUCAAAGACCUGCUGCCCGCGCUGCACAUGCUGCCGAACGACGCCGACCUCAACCAAGCCGUGGGAAUUGCAUUGGUGCGGUCGAACCAGUUCCGGGCGGCACAGCCGUACCUGGCUCGGACGGUGGAGCUGCUCCCAUUGGAUGCGGACCUGCGCAAGGAGAAGGGGCGCCUGCACCGCCUGCUGGGGGAGACCGACCAGGCUGAGAGGGACCUCCUGCUCUCGCUCCAGCUCAGACACCUCCCUAAACCCGAACCCUAA